UGCAGGUCUCUUCCUUCUUGAAGGCUCCACCACCGCAUCCCUGUACCUCCUGGGAGGCAAAGAAGUACGCCUCGCACGCUUCAUGAGGCCUAAAAUUCAAGAUAUCCAGCCCUGAAGAAAGUUCUCCUCAAAGUCUGGAGGCAGAAAGAGGCCGAAUCCACUGGAACAGGACCCUAUAAAGGCAAGAGAAAAUGGAAUCCAGUGAUUUGAAACUAUUACCUUUAAACUCUGAUAUUGCAGAAAGUCAAAACAGCAUUUGCAUUUUUGGAACCGGAGACUUUGGACGCGCACUAGCCCAUAAAAUGCUGCAGAGUGGCCUUUCUGUAAUAUUUGGAAGUCGAAAUCCUAAUGUUUCUAACUUACUACCUACAGGAGUUGAAGUACAAAGCCAUACUGUGGCAGCACAAAAAUCUUCCAUCAUUUUCUUGGCAGUCCAAAGAGAUCAUUAUAGUUUUCUUACUGAGAUGACAGAAGUUUUGGAAGGAAAAGUUUUAGUGGAUGUCAGCAACAAUCUAAAAAUAAACCAGUACCCUGAAUCUAAUGCAGAAUACCUUGCCAAAAUUUCACCUGGAAGUAAGGUAGUUAAAGCAUUUAACACAGUGUCUGCAUGGUCUCUGCAAUCAGGUUCUUUGGAUGCAAACAGACAGGUCUUUGUAUGUUCAAAUGACAACAAGGCAAAGCAAAUGGUAAUGGAUAUUGUACGUGCAAUAGGUCUGACACCUCAAGACCAAGGAUCUCUAGUGGCUGCUAAGGAUAUUGAAAAUUACCCUCUACAGCUGUUUCCAAUGUGGAAGCUCCCCAUAUGCAUAUGUGCUGGGCUGACUGUAUUUGUUUUUCUGUAUUGUAUUUUAUCUGACAUCAUCUAUACUGCUGUCACAGAUGGAAAAGAUAUUUCAUUUCGAGUUGCGAUUUCAAUUCCAAAUAAGGUAUUUCCAAUAGUGUCCCUUAUGCUAUUGGCAUUGGUUUAUUUGCCCGGAGUAUUUGCUGCCAUCGUCCAAUUAUAUCGAGGAACAAAGUACAGCAGGUUUCCUAACUGGCUUGAUAUAUGGAUGCUAUGUCGGAAGCAACUUGGGCUUGUAGCCUUGGCAUAUGCAUUUCUUCAUGCAAUUUAUACUCUUGUUAUACCAAUUCGAUACUAUGUGAGGCAUAGGUCAGCAAGCAACAUUAUUUCACAGAUUAAAAACAAUUCGUCAAGUCCUUUCUCAAACAUAAUUGCGUGGCGUACGGAUUCUUAUAUAGCCUUAGGAAUAUUAGGAUUUUUCUUCUAUGUUCUCUUAGGUAUCACAUCAUUACCAUCUGUUAGCAACGUAAUGAACUGGAGAGAAUUUCGGUUUGUACAGUCAAAACUUGGAUACGUUACCUUGGUGUUGUGCACAGGACAUGCGCUGAUUUUUGGCUGGGACAAAUUCAUUCAUUUAGAUAGAUUCAGAUGGUGUCUGCCUCCUGCAUAUACAUUGUCUCUUGUUGUUCCUUGCAUUGUUCUUGUCUUAAAAGUCAUCCUUAUUUGUCCAUGUAUAGACAAAAGAAUUACAAGAAUUCGUCAAGGAUGGGAAUCAUCUAAAAUGAAAAAACCAUUUAUAAAUGGCAGUUCAGCUUUAUAGUGUUUUAUUCAACUGGCAAUGCACUAUACUUUUAUAUUGCUUUUCUUUUAAGCUACAUAUAUGGUGUACAUAAAGCAAAUGUAGAUUUGAAUUAUAAGGAAUGUUUUAUUUUUAUUCAAAUAUGUAAAAUAAAUGCCAUUUAAAAAUAAGAAUAAAGGCCUACUAUUAAAA